AUGUCGGACGCUCCCGGCGUGUCCAACACCCGGCUCUACCUUGGUAUGCCGCCUUGGUGGACUCGAACGCUUGACUCGAUGCUGACCGCCGCCCGCGCGCGCUCACAGGUAACCUCCCGCGCACUGGUACGCAUCCUCUCCCGUGGCUUUUCGAAUAAUCGCAGGAUGGCCUGUCCGUUCUGGUUGGACACACGUGCAAUGUGGACUGCCCUGCCCGGCGCACACGCAACGGCAAGAUGAGGAAUAGAAGGACUGGCCAUUCUUGCCCUGCCCACAUACUGUUCCUUUCUCUGAUGAUCCUGUUGUUCUCGCGCACACACGGACCCGGAGCCGGCCACACGGGCUGUCCUCGUCCUCGUCUUCAAUAUGGGCCUGGCAUCGCUGACCGGAAUCUGCUACAGCUACCAAGGCCGAUGUCGAGAAUCACUUCAAUACCCAUGGCACUGGCAAGAUCACGGAGAUCAAGCUCAUGAACGGGUUCGGCUUCAUCGAGUAUGAGGACGCCAUGGAUGCUCGUGACGUUGUUCCAGGUACGUUACUCAGACUCCACCACCUGUCUUCCCGCCUCAAUACCCACAUGGUCAUGCGCUGGCCACCUCCCUCUCAACUCAAUCUACAUGAGAUCUGCUGCUGACUCUCUUCUCUAGCCUUCCGUAUGUGAACCCUACCAGUCCCUCCCUCGACGCUACUCCCCAUCCAUAUCGCCUUCGGGCACCCGCCCUGCUAUCCCUUCUGGUUAUGUACUCGACUGCUGACAUAUAUCGCUGGCUAGAUGGAUCCGAGUUCAUGGGUGAGCGACUCGUCGUGCAGUUCGCACGUGGAAGUAACCGUCCGCGCGAUGGCUUCGAGCACCAGCCACGCAUGGCUCCACGUCCGCGUCGCACCCAGCACCGGAUGACCAUCACCGGACUUCCGGGCGACACGUCCUGGCAGGUAAGUACCGUGGCGGGGGUGCUGUGUGCGGUAGGACCACGUGAGACCCAUGGGUCCCGCGUUCCGGUCUUGGCGCUCACUUCGCCUCAUCACUCCUAGUGGACAUCAGACUCACAUCUCUGUCAUAGGAUCUCAAGGACUUCGCCCGUCAGGCCGGCCUCGACGUCGUCUAUAGCGAAGUCGGUCGUGACCGUGACCCGGCUAAUGCGGGCAAGGGGUAAGCAAUGAUCUCCAUAUGCUCAAUCGGGCACUGUACUGACUCGUCCGCAGCUUCGUCGAGUACGAGACGGCUGCCGACAUGGCAUCCGCUGUCGAGAAGCUCGACCAGUCCGAGUUUAAGGGUGCUACCGUCCGCUGCAUCUCGGAUGUAAGUGAUCUCCCACACCUGACCACCCGUCGUCUUGCACGUGGUGCUCACACAAAGCAGCCCCAGACGGAGAUACCACGUCCUCGCGAACCAUUCCGUGGCGGUCGCUCGCGCUCUCCAGGAUAUCGUCGGGGAGGAGGCUAUGGUGCGCCUCCAGAGGACUUCUACGAUCGUCGUGGACCUCCUCGUGGCUACAGUCCGCGUCGUGACUACCGUCGUCGCACUCCACCUCCACGCGACUACUAUGACGAUCCUCGUGAUGAUCGCUACGGCCCACCACGCGGUCGUCCACCGGUCGACGACUACCCACCCCCUCGUGCGUACCCCGAUGACCGUUACGGUGGUCCACCACCUCGUCGGGGCGCCUACGAGGCCGACCCGUACGUCAACGGUCAUGGCCGCGAGCCAUACGGCCGCCCACCGAGCCCACGCGGCGAUCGUAGAGCAGGAGGGUAUGCUAGAGAGGAUUACCCGCCACCACGCAGUGGCUACUGGUGAUUACAUCUCUACUCUCCAGGCGUCGCGUACUGACACUCCCUGCAGAGCAUCCUACAGCGACUAUGCGGACCCCUACUACCGCGACGACUACUAUUACCGGUGA